UGAAGAAACGAGCUAGGCUAGCGCGGGUGCGUGCGGUGCGGUGUAUUUACAGGACGGAGUGGCAAGUCCCCACGUUGCCACAAACUUCUCUUAUCGUUAAUUAAUCGGUCAUAUAUAGUUCGACUUGUUAUUCGCAUUACGCAUAUCGCGGGUGACGGUCGACGGGUCAUUUCUGCCCCGAGCUGAUGCCAUCAACUGCAUCGCAAGAACAAUUAGUUAACAAGUUAGACAACCUUGUUUUGCCACUAACCACAAGAAUGCCGAACAUCAAAGUGUUCAGCGGGAGCUCCCACCCGGAUUUGGCGCAGAAGAUCGUCGAUCGACUGGGAAUCGAUCUGGGAAAAGUGGUAACCAAGAAAUUCAGUAACAUGGAAACAUGUGUGGAGAUCGGGGAGUCGGUGCGUGGUGAAGAUGUUUAUAUCGUACAGAGCGGCAGCGGAGAGAUCAAUGACAAUCUCAUGGAGCUCCUGAUUAUGAUUAACGCGUGCAAAAUAGCGUCUGCGUCGCGCGUCACCGCCGUCAUCCCGUGCUUCCCGUACGCGCGGCAGGACAAGAAAGACAAAAGCCGAGCGCCCAUCACGGCCAAGCUUGUCGCCAACAUCCUCUCAGUGUCCGGAGCCGACCACAUCAUCACCAUGGACCUUCACGCGUCUCAAAUUCAAGGCUUCUUCGACAUACCCGUAGAUAACCUCUUUGCGGAACCUGCUGUUUUGAAGUGGAUAAAAGAAAACAUUCCUGACUGGAAGACCAGUAUUGUGGUGUCGCCUGAUGCCGGUGGCGCUAAGAGGGUCACUUCGAUUGCUGAUCGCCUGAAUGUAGAGUUCGCUUUGAUCCAUAAAGAGAGGAAGAAGGCAAACGAAGUGGCUUCCAUGGUGCUUGUCGGUGAUGUCAAGGACCGCACAGCCAUCCUGGUUGAUGACAUGGCUGACACUUGUGGAACAGUCUGUCACGCUGCUGAAAAACUGAUAGAGGCAGGUGCAAUUAAAGUUUAUGCCAUACUCACUCAUGGUAUUUUCUCAGGCCCGGCCAUUUCAAGGAUCAACAACGCAUGUUUAGAAGCCGUGGUCGUCACAAACACUAUUCCACAGGACCGGCAUAUGCAGGACUGUCCGAAGAUCCAAUGCAUCGAUGUGUCCAUGAUGCUGGCGGAGGCGGUCCGGCGUACACACAACGGGGAAUCAGUGUCUUACCUAUUCUCAAAUGUUCCUUACUAGGAUAAUUUGCUUUUGUUUUAGUUUUAAGGACCUUGAACAUGAUUUGAAAUAUUAUAUGUAAUGCUUACAUAGAUAUUGUUUAUCUUGUGAUAGUUAACCCUUUGAUAGCCUCAGUUAGUAGCAUGUUUUCAUGUUUUGGAUGCUGAUGUAAGAAUUGUUCUUACACUAGUGUUUUCUUUAACACGGAGACAUGCAGUUGUCUUGCUAACUGCGGAGGUCAAAGGUCAAUGUUUGGGGUCGUGUAGUGUUUAGCUGUAAUCUCACUAAGUUUAAAUAGGACCUUCCAGUUUUGUUACUGUGGUAUACUUUAUUGUGAACUAGCUCAGUGAUUUGUUUAUAUUUCUUUUAAAAACUGUUUUUAUUGAAAUUGUUAUGCAUUUAAAAACAUUUUUUUGCAAAGUGGAACUUAGUGACGUUUUCUUAUAGGUCAAAGAUCAAACAUGGUAAUAUUUUUUUUAUGGUAAAUCUAAGAUCACCAUGUUUUUGGUGUAGCCAUCACAGGUUUCUGCUAACUGCACUUACAGAGCCUAAACCUGCAUUUACAUUCAUAAAAGUAUUCAAAAUAACAA